GCCCCAGGGGCCGGCAUUGUUGGACCUUGCAUAAGGGCAGGGUGCCAGGCAGAGCCGGACAGCCAGGAAGCAGUGCAGCUUCGCGAAGCCUCAGGAUGGACUCAUUUGGAGACAAGCUUCAGCAGCUGCGAGAGGCCUUCAAGGCAGGGCGGACGAGGCCGGCUGAGUUUCGGGCUGCACAGCUGCAAGGCCUGGGCCACUUCCUCCGAGACAACAAACAACAGCUGCAGGAGGCGCUGGCCCAAGACCUGCACAAGUCAGCCUUUGAGUCAGAGGUGUCUGAGAUUGCCAUCAGUCAGGCUGAGGUGGACCUGGCCCUCAGGAACCUGCGAUCUUGGAUGAAAGAUGAGAAAGUGUCCAAAAAUCUGGCCACACAGCUGGACUCAGCCUUCAUUCGGAAGGAGCCCUUCGGUCUGGUGCUGAUCAUUGUGCCCUGGAAUUACCCCUUGAACCUGACACUCGUACCGCUGGUGGGGGCCAUCGCUGCAGGGAACUGUGUGGUACUCAAGCCCUCAGAGACCAGCAAGGCCAUUGAAAAGAUCCUGGCUGAGGUCUUGCCCCGCUAUCUGGACCAGAGCUGCUUUGCUGUGGUGCUGGGUGGGCCUCAGGAGACCGGGCAGUUGCUGGAACACAAGUUCGACUACAUCUUCUUCACAGGGAACGCUUAUGUAGGCAAGAUUGUCAUGGCUGCUGCUGCCAAACACCUGACACCUGUCACCCUGGAGCUGGGGGGUAAGAACCCCUGCUAUGUGGAUGACAACUGUGACCCCCAGACAGUGGCCAACCGUGUGGCCUGGUUCCGCUACUUCAACGCCGGCCAGACCUGUGUGGCCCCCGAUUACGUCCUGUGUAGCCAGGAGAUGCAGGAGCGGUUGGUGCCUGCCCUGCAGAAUGCCAUCACGCGUUUCUAUGGAGACAACCCACAGACCUCCCCCAACCUGGGCAGAAUCAUCAACCAGAAGCAUUUCAAGCGGCUCCAGGGAUUGCUGGGCUGUGGCCGUGUGGUCAUCGGGGGCCAGAGCGAUGAGGGAGAAUGCUACAUUGCUCCCACAGUGUUAGUGGACGUGCAGGAGACAGAGCCCGUGAUGCAGGAGGAGAUCUUUGGUCCCAUCCUGCCCCUGGUGACCGUGAGGAGCCUGGAUGAAGCCAUUGAGUUCAUCAACCGGCGGGAGAAGCCACUGGCGCUGUAUGCCUUCUCCAAGAGAAGCCAGAUCGUCAAACAGGUGUUGGCCCGGACCAGCAGCGGGGGCUUCUGUGGGAAUGACGGCUUCAUGCACAUGACCCUGUCCAGCCUUCCUUUUGGAGGAGUGGGAACCAGCGGGAUGGGCAGGUACCACGGCAAGUUCUCCUUUGACACAUUCUCCAACCAGCGUGCCUGCCUGCUGCGCAGCCCGGGAAUGGAGAAGAUCAACGACUUGCGCUACCCGCCCUAUUCCAGUCGCAACCUCAGGGUGUUGCUGGUGGCCAUGGAGGAGAGGUGCUGCAGCUGCACGCUGCUGUGAGCAGGGAUGCUGGGGCACAGGGGCCUGCCUGGGGCACAGCUGCGGAGAAGUGGCCUGCCAGGGCCAGGCCACGGAGCAGUCCGCUCAGCCUUGGAGCAGCCCUCCACCUCCUGGGGCUCCCCUUUUUGUACCUUUGAAUGAGAUAGUCUGAGGGUAGGAAUGUAGGAAGGGAUGCAGUGACCUGCCAGUUCCCUCCAGUGCUAGCCAUAGAAUCUUCGAGAAAAAGGGCACUUCUGAGCUACCCACCUUCCUGUGUUGCAAGGGAGCAGUGAUAUGUGGCACAGGUCAUACUCUGUGACCAGGCAUGUCUGGGUCUUCUGAACCUCAGUUUUCUAUCUGUACAAUGGAGAUAAAUAAACAAAACUGCCUAUGGUCGCUGAAGUGUUAAAUUAGGA